AGCAGAGAGAGUCAGUGUUGUCUCAGGCUGUGGGGACAGUAACAGCUUCUUCACUGGUUCCUACUUCACUAUUAGACGCCUGCAUGGAGAAGCUCUUGGAGUUAAAAGGUUCAUCUUGAAAGGAGUGUCACUGUAUCAUCUUCAAAUAAGGAAGCUUCCUGCAGACCAGCUGGGGAAUUCUACUUCAUUUUGUGUUUACAGGACACCCUAUGGAAUAAGAGAGAGCGAGGGAUGGCAGAGAAGGGGAAGAAGAGUCGAGGGAAGAUCAUGAAAAGGAAAGUGUCCGACCUCUGCGUGCUGAUGUUGGCUCUGUUCCAGCUCAACGCGUCUGCUACAGCCCAGAGCAACACCAGCACCUCCCCACUGAACCCUGCAGAACUCAGUUACAAAACACUCCCAGCGAACAUCACGGUGGCGGUCGGGGAGCCUGCAGUGUUUCGCUGUGGCGUGUCACCUGCCUCCAAAGUCACAUUCACCCUCCAUGGAAGUCAUGGCAACCACAGCCUCACCUGUCCUGGAGAGCCAGUGAAUGACAUCCCUCAGGCUCUGUAUGGCAGCUGUCAGGUGAAGAGAGAGGAGUUACAGGCCGUGUGGACCAUGAGGGGAACCUCCUACUCUGACGACUCCACACGAGUUGAGUGUCAGCAGCAGAACCAUCCGGAUGCACCCGCCGCCUUCCUCCAUGUUUAUGAUAAUGGCGCCAGCCUUGCCAUCAUCAUUGGUUGUGCCAUUGGAGGUUUCUUUGGUGCUCUGUUGGUGUUUGGUCUGUCGUACACCAUGCUGCAGAGAUCUGAGACACUCCAGAGGUGCUUCAGAGGAGAUGAAUCAGAAAAUGAUGACAUCACAAUAAUAACAAAGGACGAAAACUGAUGUAAAGCUGAGACAUUUUGAUUUUAUAAUGCUUUGGAAAACAUAUCAAGUUCCCAUGUGAAUCCAUUCAGUGGCUUUCCUUGCACUAUUUUUAAAUGCCUCUAAAAU